UUUCAUGGACCGGUCUUCUACAAUCCUGUUCAAGAGUUCAACAGAGACUUAACUGUAUCAGUCCUUCGCGAGUUUGUUAGGUCUCGGUUAGCAAAUGGUUCUACCCUCGAAAGUAAAACAUGUUCUGAAGAACCAAAACCUAAGAAAUCAAAGCCGCUCUUCGAAAAGGAGGAUGGCUCAAUCAGAAUCCUUGAUGCUUUAUCGGCCAGUGGUCUGCGAGCUCUACGGUUUUCACAAGAAGUGGAAAAUGUCGACUUUGUACUGGCCAACGAUUUUUCGGAGAACGCUGUCGAAUCAAUACGAGAAAACAUUCGUCUGAAUGGUGUUGAGGAUAAAGUUCGUGCCACAUUUGGUGAUGCGGUGGUAACCAUGAUGAAUCACCGCAAUGUUGACAAACGGUUUCAUGCAGUUGAUCUCGAUCCCUAUGGGUCAGCUUCCGUAUUUCUAGAUUCCGGUGUUCAGUGCGUUGCGGACAGAGGUAUACUCAUGGUUACUUGCACUGACAUGGCGGUUUUAUGUGGAAAUACCCCGGAGACGUGUUAUAAUAAAUAUGGCUCUACGACAGUGCGAUUGAAGUGUUGUCAUGAAAUGGCUCUUCGGAUUCUUUUACGGGCCAUAGACACUCAGGCCAAUAAAUACACCCGGUAUAUUGAGCCGUUGCUGUCUAUAAGCGUCGACUUCUAUGUGCGAGUGUUUGUCCGGCUACAUACAGGAGCCAGAAUGACAAAGGAAUCUGGAACUAAGGUUGGGCACGUACUGGCAUGUUCGGGCUGUCACUCUUUGGAAGUUGUACCAAUAUUGAAGAAAAUAGAAGAUGGGAAAAGCUUGAAAUAUAGUACUGGUGUUGUACGGCAGACAUUGAUGGGUGGUGAUAACAAAUGUGUUCACUGUGGUCAUCCUGUUCAUCAAGCCGGACCCAUUUGGACCGGUCCAAUACAUAAUCGUGAUUUCGUGGAAGGCAUGUUGAAGAGGUUGAGGGAAACCCCAGAAGAAGAGCGGCUGGGCACCCAUAAUCGCCUUUUGGGUGUUCUCACCAACGUAUCAGAGGAACUCGAUGUCCCCUUGUAUUAUGAGCACGACCAACUAUUCAAUGUGGUGAAAUGCUCAGUUCCUAAAUCUGUUGCUGUGAAGUCCGCUAUUCUAAAUGCAGGUUUCAAGGUGUCCGGUUCUCACUGCAAUCCUCGAGCCCUGAAGACUGAUGCUCCAACACAGUUUUUGUGGGAUAUUUGUCGAUAUGCCGUAAGUGACAGUAAGAGAAAUUGGUUUUUGCCUACAAAGGCCCCGGGAAGAAAAAUUCUGUCGGAACCUAUUGGAAGUGAAGUCAAUUUCCGACUUCACCCGAAAGCUACCCAACAAACGAAGGACGAUCAGAUGGUUCGAUUUCAGUGCAACAAGGGGAAGAACUGGGGUCCGAGAUCAAAAGCAAGAGGAUCCAGCAAUUCGACCAAUGCUGGUUUUUAUGUCAGGCCCGAGUCCACGCAACAAGCGGAGAACUCGUCCGAAUAA